AUGUCUUUGCCUACUUCAUACAAAGCAGCCUUGUUCAAGGAGGCGGGAGCCCCACUAGUCAUUGAGGACGUGCAGUUGACCAAACCCGCCGCUGGCGAAGUGCUGAUCAAGGUCGAGGCUUGUGGUGUCUGCCACUCCGACACAAUUCCGCAGGCAUACGGGUUGAAAGGCAAAUUCCCGAUCAUUCCCGGUCAUGAAAUGAUCGGAAACGUCGUCGCAUUGGGUGACUCGGUUUCCCAGUGGAAGGUCGGCGAUAGAAUUGGCGGCCCAUGGCAUGGAGGCCACGAUGGUACCUGUCUCUCCUGCCGCAAAGGCCACUUCCAGAUGUGUGACCUUGGUAUUGUCAACGGCGUCACUAAGAAUGGCGGAUAUGCGCAAUAUUGCAUUCUCCGUGCCGAGGCUGGUGUUCGCAUCCCGACCCACGUUCGGGCGGCGGAGUAUGCUCCCAUUCUGUGCGCCGGUGUCACAGUCUUCAACGCGAUGCGUCAGAUGAACGUGCAGCCGGGCUCCACGGUUGCUAUUCAGGGUCUUGGUGGUCUGGGACAUCUGGCGAUUCAAUACGCGAAUCGAUUCGGAUUCCGUGUGGUCGCUAUCUCUCGAGACGCGCAAAAGGAGAAGUUUGUGCGGGAGCUGGGGGCCCACGAGUAUAUCGAUACCAGCAAGGAGGACGCGGCCACUGCUCUUCAGAAGCUCGGUGGUGCUUCACUUGUCGUAGCCACUGCGCCGAACCCACAGGUGAUUUCGCCACUCUUGAAGGGCCUGGGCCCCCUCGGAAAAAUCUUGAUUCUUGCCGUGGCGGGUGAGGUGCCAUUUGACACGCUGACUAUGAUCACCAAGGGCCUAUCGGUUCAUGGAUGGCCCAGUGGGCACGCGAGGGACUCGGAAGAAGCCAUUCAAUUCACAGAAUUGGAAAACAUCAAAUGCAUGGUCCAGGAGUAUCCAUUGGAGAAGGCCAACGAGGCAUUUGAUGCCAUGAUGAAGGGAUCAGUCCGAUUUCGCGCGGUCAUUACGAUGGAUUAA